CUACCGCGUCUACUUUUUUCAAAUGUCUAAAAUAAUUCUUAACAAACGUAUGUUCCUGUUGCUUUCUUAUUGUGUAGCUAAUUGGAAGUAGAGCUUUAAGGGUAGCAGUGGACUGUUACUGGUUAUCUUCACUAUCUUUCUCAGUGCACGAAGCGUUUAGAGGUCAGAGGUCGUGAGCAGCUUUACCCGGGGUCCUAGUCAAAGGAUGGACAGUGAAAUCCAAAGAGACGGGAGAGUCCUGGACCUCACUGAUGAUGCCUGGAGGGAAGACAAGCUGCCGUAUGAAGAUGUCACCAUCCCUCUGAGUGAACUGCCUGAGGCUGAGCAGGACAAUGGGGGAUCCACAGAGUCCGUGAAAGAACAAGAGAUGAAGUGGACAGACCUCGCCCUGCAGAGCCUACACGAAAACACACCGAGCACUGGAAGCUGACUGAAGAGACGAGUUGCUGCCACUUCCACGCAGAUCUACAAUUAAUCUCACAACUAUAUGUUACCUAAACUUGGAUUAUUUUGACCUAGUUCCCAGUCUUGCUAUCUCUAGGCAGUGCAUUUAACCAUAUUGGACAGAACUCUCAAAGGAACAUGUCAUUUCAUGCACAGCUCUGUAUUUAAAAUUACAUAUUGUC